CUCUUGAGGCCUCGACGCAAAGGUGUCGGCUUGGUCGCUCUGCUGUUCGCCGGGUUCGCCGCCGGACUCCCAAGAAAGUGGGAACUUCCCCAGAUCGCCGAAGCUUGUAAUCGCCUAGACACCCCCUGCACAGCAAUCUAGUGGGGUGAUUCAGCAAUCUAGAUGGUUCCCCGCUCGGCACACCAGAUUGUCGAGUCGGGCAUCCAGACAUACCCCCAAUACAACCGCCCUAAGCCAUUUAGACUUCCGCGUGCAUUAGCAAAACCCUUUCAGCCAUCCAGAUUUCCGCCGAGUCAGGGGCACGGGAUGGCCUAAACGCCCCCUUCUUUCAAUGUUGCUGAGGGAUUUGGGAUUGGCUAGUUGCGGGGGGGCACGGGGGUGGGGCCAUCAGUUGACUCGGCCAAGGUUCCUGCCCUAUGCCCUCCGGACUCGGUGCAGUAGUGUCCCCUCCAACUGCAGUGUGGCCAGUGCUGCCCUUCACGCUGACGCCGCAGCUGAUGUCUGCCAUCACCGCCAUCCCCAGCUCCCCAUCACCGCGCCACGCAGCUACAGUAGCAGCAGCAGCAGUAGCAGCCCAGCCCACGUGUGGGCCCGGCGCACUGGCGGCUCUAGAGCAGCUGCUGUCCGAUGCGCCAGGCGUGCUGCUGCUAGGCCGCCGUCAGGCCGCUGAUGAUGUUGCACAGCAUAAUGCGGCCGCCGCCGGCAGUAGCAACAGCAGCAGCAGCAGUGUGAUGACUCAUUCGCGGGAAAACGCAGCAGCAGCAGCAGACCUCGUCACAGGCAGUAGGACGAGCCUUGGCGAGCGACGCCUGGUUCUGUACGAGGCUGUCAAGGCCGUGUUCGCAUGGCUAGGGUCGCAGCAGCGCGGCGCACCUUGCCGCGGUGGCCGCCGUGGCGGCAGUAGCAGCGUUGCUGGAAGCAGCAAAGGCAGCAGACACGACAGCAGUAGCAGCAGUAGCAGCAGUGGAGGCGAGGCGGCAGGGGUGGUGGAUGGCGCGCUGGGCGUGUUGGCCGAUGGCACGUGUGUUCGGCAGCAGGCGCUGGAGGCCCUUGGCGUCGGAGGCCCCCUGGCCAGCGUUGCCGACCGCACCCGCGUCUGCUGCGGCCUGGGCCCUGAGGAGCUGGCGGCGGCGGCGCAACACAUCGCGGCGGCACUGGCGGCGCUGGCGGCGCCAGAGCGGGCUGCUGAGCUGGCGGCCCAUGCGGCGCACGUGCAGCGCGCGGGUGCGUGCACCUGCCACCGGCAGCAGCAGGGUGGGUCUGGGCUCCCUGCUGCGGAUGGCAGUAAUGGCAGUGGCAGCCUGCUGCUGGUCCACCCGCACGAGAAUGAUGGUGGUGGUGGUGGUGGCGCGCGUUCCGAAGGCAGCAGCAACGGCACUGACAGCGGCACUGACAGCGGCACUGUCAGUGGCGGCGGCAGACGGCGGCGGGUCCAGCAGCAGCAGCAGCUGGAGAUGGAGAUGGAGGUGCUAGUGACGGAGCCGCUGGUGGUGCGGCUGUUGGGCGAUGGGGCUGCGGCCAAGACCGAGCCCGGGGAGCGUGAGGAAACGGAUGCGGAUGAGGAUGCGUAUGAUGAUGAUGAUGACGAGAGCGGUGGCGGCGGCGACAGCGCUCAGGGACACGAGCAGUUUCAUUGGCAGCAGGCGGCGCGGCGGCGGCUGUUGGUGAUGCGCACAGAGUUCAACCUGACCCUGCCGCCUGUGACGCUGCCUGAGCCAGCGGCGCCGGGGCCGAACUCGCCGCUGCCCGACAUGCUGGUCCCGCUCAUCUUCCACGUGUACACCUACAGGGAUGCUGCCACGGGCGCCAUUGGCCCCCCAGGCUGGGAUCAGUCGCCCGCUCUGAGCGCACGGCUGGUUUCCGCCAUCAAUGUCCUGUCCCGCGGCACCGGGUUCAGGUUCUUCCUUCGGGAGGUACGCUGGGACCCCAACAAGUACUCGUACCUGUCGGUGGCGGGAGGCGCUGGUGCCUGGCAGGCGUGUGCGGUGGCGGUGGUGAUGGAGGACCUGGCAAACGACUGCAUCAUGGCCAAAGGCGUGCUGGUGGACUGGCCGAAGGCCAUCAACGUCCAUUUCAUCGGGGACCUUCUUGACAGGUCUGACACCACAACUAAAUUGGACGCGGCCGGCAGCUCCCAAGUGUUCGUGAAUAACGAACGCCCCAUCUGGGUGGGCUGGACAGUCCUGGACGGGGAAGCUCGGGGCGGCUACAACGGGGAGCUCUUGUACGAGUAUGGCGCCAGUGUGGUGUGGCACGAGAUUGGACACUACCUGGGCUUGGGCCACACCUUCGUGUCUGACGUCAAGAUCAAUACCGAGUGCCUUGACGCAGAUGGCAUAGAUGACACGCCCGCAGUUCUGUCGGGUGCCUCCACCUUGAUCUCCAUGAAUUUCUUUGGCCGCGACGUCAACGACCACUGCUUCACGGUGUUGAACCGCGACCUGAAGGGCACCAUCGACGGCGCGGCCAGCCGGCUGGGCAUCCCAGACGCCGACAAAAAUGCCUGGGCGGACAGCUGUUCUGACAAGCCGUGGCAGUGGGGAUGCGAAUUGGAGCCCGGCUGCGCGUCGCUGCCCGCGGCGAUUCGCGACAGCGGGUCAGCGGUGGUGGUGCCCUGCGACCGCGCCGAGGACAUGUGCGGGAGCCGCCCGCCGCCCUCGCCCACCAGCCAGCCAGCCUUGUACGACGCAAUCUGCAACCUGCCCGUCAAUCUGCCGGGCUGCCGCUGCAAGGCCUCCUGGAACUUCGGCGGCCGCACCUUCAGCGGGUGCGCCGAUCUGGACGGCGGCGGCGCACCCUGGCGCUGUGUGCUCGACACGCCCUGCACGACCACCACCGGACACACCUACGGCGCCGGCGUGAUGAUGGGGGUCUGCGACGACCGCGCCGCGUCCGUCUGCUCCAGUGGCGGCAGCAGCGGCGGCAGCAGUGGCGGUAGUAGCGGCGGCAGUAGCGGUGGCAGUAGCGGCGGCAGUAGCGGUGGCAGUAGCGGCGCGCCUUCUUCCUCAGCCGGUGGCGGCGGCUCCCGUCCAGCGGUGUGCAGCGCGCCCGAGGGCCUGCCCGGCUGCUCCUGCCUGCCCGCCUGGCGGCUGCAGGGGCGGGCCUACUCGGGCUGUGCUGACGUGGCGCGCGUGCUGGGCCUGGAUCCAGGCUUCGACACGAAAUGGCUGUGCCAGCUGCAGACUCCUUGCAACUCCCCAGACGGCACACUCCUGGACGGCACUUCCUUUUCGCAAUGCAGCAGCCGUGUCAAUGCGGAUCUGUGCGGCAGUGGGGCCCUGGCGGACUCACCACCGCCGCCACCGCGGCAGAAGCCGCCACCGCCGCCCUCGCCCCCUCCGCGGCCCCCUCCUCCCUCGCCGGCGCCGCCGCGGACCCGGCCGCCGCCACUGCCCGCAUCAACCCCCUCACCUUCGCCGUCUCCCUCGCCGUCGCCGUCUCCCUCGCCCGCACCACGACCCGACGCAUCGGGCCCCACCAGCGCCAACCCGUCCCCGUCGCCCGCGGCUGGCCCGAAGAGCCGCCCCAAGCUCAAGCGUUCCCCCAAGCCCAGGGCGUCCCCCAAGCCCAAGGCCUCCCCCAAGCCCAAGCCCUCCCCCAAGCCCAAGGCCCCUUCCCCACCGACCAGCUAACGGGAUCAUCAUGGUACUCUGAGGAUGGAUUGAAUGACCUCGGCUAGAU